AUGGACGAUAGAGGCCAGAUCUUACCCCUCAACCUCUGCAACUCCCCCAUUGGGGGUACCGCGUUUCCUCAGGUCCCACCACCUCCCCCUCCUCCACCACCGCCUCCACCACCAGGAGACUUUUUCAAGGGCAGGACUCCAACCGAGGGGGACUUUGAGUUCUCUUUCUUCCGACGCCCUAGCGGAACAUUCUGCUUGCCCAAUGGGAGUCCCAUUCUCUUACCAGAUCAACGGCUUUCACACAAGACCCACGAAGACGAACCUAAGCCCAACUUCAGCUACAUUGGUGAGUCUCGUUGCAUUUUUUUUAUUGCCUCGAUUCCGUCCACACAGUAG